UGAGACCCGAGAGGAGGCGAGUGCCGCUGUCGCAAACGGAGCUGUCCUUUAUUUUACUAGUGCUGAAUUGGGGAUUUUGAUCGACAUUUGCCUGCGGAUUUUUUGUGCUCUUUCAAAGGAAUUAUCACGUUGGUGAACUUCAGUCUCAAAGCUACACAUUUUUAUUGAUUGAAAAGCCGAAAAUAAAGAGUGCAUUUGGGCUCACUAUUACCUGCAACUGUGGUUUUCAACUCGUUGGAGAAUUUAUUUCCCCUGGAUUACUUUGAAAGUGCUCCGUCAGGAAAAGACCAAUGAAGACACUUAAACAGUGGUCAGCACUUUUAUUAUUGGGAUUUGCCUUACUGGGAAUACAAGCAAGACCAAGCAAGGAUGAAUAUGCUCCGAAACCCUAUCAGCCUCUAGUGAGACUGAGACACAAGCAAGAUGGAAGCUCAGACAGCAUACACACUAAUGGCUAUGUCCAUCUAGAAGAUCAUGUGGGAGCAUGUGAAAAUAAAUACUGUGGUUUGGGCCGGCACUGUGUCAUCAACAGAGAAACUGGCCAAGGAGAGUGCGCUUGCUUGGAACACUGCAAACCCCAUUACAAACCCGUGUGUGGAUCGGAUGGUGAACUCUAUGAAAACCACUGUGAGCUGCAUCGGGCCGCGUGUGUUAAGAAGCAGAAGAUAACGAUUAUUCAUAAUGAAGACUGCUUCUUUCAAGGUGACAAAUGUAAGACAAUUGAAUAUGAUAAAUUAAAAUUUAGAAUGCUGGACCUGCAAAAUCAAAAAUAUGUUAAAGAAGGAGAAGAGGAAGACAGUGAAGAGAAGACAUCCUUGAAGAAACUCCUGGUAGAUCAGAUGUUCAGAUAUUUUGACUCAGACAACAGCGGGCUGGUAGACAGCAGUGAAUUGUCACAGGUAAUAAAACAAGAAGGACUGGCCAAUGAUUUUUCUGACUGUACUUUAUUUGAUCUGCUGAAAUAUGAUGACUAUAAUGGAGAUAAACAUCUAUCAAAAGAAGAAUUCUACAGAGCAUUUGAAGUGCUUCAGUUAAGUUUGCCUGAAGAUCUGAAAGUGAGCAUAACCACUACCACCGUGGGUCAAAGUGCGGUGCUGGCAUGUGCAAUUCAGGGUUCACCAAGGCCUCCAAUCAUAUGGAAGCGCAAUAACAUCAUGCUGAACUCCUUGGACUUGGAAGACAUAAACGAUUUUGGAGAUGAUGGGUCGCUCUACAUCACCAAGGUUACAACGACCCACAUGGGUAACUACAGCUGUCAUGCAGAUGGCUAUGAGAAGCUGUACCAGACGCACAUUCUUCAGGUGAAUGUUCCUCCUGUCAUCCAGGUUUACCCGGAAAGUCAAGCCAGAGAACCAGGUGUAACAGCAAGCCUCAGGUGCCAUGCAGAAGGCAUCCCCAAUCCUCAGCUGACUUGGCUCAAAAAUGGCAUUGAUAUAACACCAAAACUGUCAAAGCAGCUUACUCUGCAAGCAAAUGGAAGUGAAGUGCACAUAAGCAACGUACGAUAUGAAGAUACAGGAGCCUACACAUGCAUAGCAAGGAAUGAUGCCGGAGUGGAUGAAGACAUAUCUUCACUGUUUGUGGAAGAUUCUGCAAGAAAAACACUUGCAAACAUACUAUGGCGAGAAGAAGGUAUUGGAAUUGGAAAUAUGUUUUAUGUAUUCUAUGAAGAUGGAAUCAAGGUCAUUCAGCCAAUCGAAUGUGAGAUCCAGAGACAUAUAAAGCCUAGUGAAAAUCUUCUAGGACUCCUGGAGGAAGUCUGCCCAAAUCAUGACAACAGUACAACACAGAAAUGCAUCUGGGCAUCAGCGGUGAACGUAAGAGACAAGUUUAUCUAUGUGGCACAGCCAACCCUGGACAGAGUUCUUAUUAUAGAUGUCCAGUCCCAGAAAGCUGUACAGACUGUGAGCACCGAUCCGGUUCCUGUUAAACUGCACUAUGACAAAUCCCACGAUCAAGUCUGGCUUCUCAGCUGGGGAGACAUGGCAAAAACAAGACCAACACUUCAGGUGAUAAAUCGGGCUAGUGGAAGUAUGAUGCACCAUACCAUUCAUACACAACCUGUUGGCAAGCAGUUUGAUAAGGUGGAUGAUUUCUUCAUUCCAGUCACAACUCUCAUCAUCAACCAUAUCAGGUUUGGAUUCAUUCUUCACAAAGAUGAACAGGCGCUCCACAAAAUUGACCUUGAGACUACAUCCUAUGUGAAGAAGAUAAGCCUGAAAGACUACAAUUGUGUACCAAAAUCAUUAGCGUACACCCACCUGGGAGGGUAUUACUUUAUUAACUGCUGGCCCGACACGACCGAUGCCAUCAAACCUCAGCUCAUUGUAGACAGUGUUACCGACACUGUGAUCGGCUACAAUAAUGAUGUCACUGGCACUCCACACGUGUCCCCUGACGGACACUACCUUGUCAGCAUUGAUGACCAGAAAGGCCUCAUGAGAGUUCAGUCGAUUACCAUCCGAGGAGAGAUUCAAAACGCCUUUGACAUCCAUACUAAUCUGCACAUCUCCGAUGUGGCAUUCCAACGCUCGUUCACAGAGGCCCACGAGUACAAUGUGUUUGCUAGUUCAGGUCUGCAGACAGACGUACUGUAUGUGGAGUUAUCUACCGGCAAAGUCAAGAUGGUCAAAAGUCUGAAGGAACCCAUUAAAGGAAGCGAAUGGCCCUGGGAUGAAAAGAACCGCAUGAUCAUGAGCAGUGGGCUUUUUGGUCAGUAUCUGAUGACGCCUUCACGAGAAUCCGUCUUCAUCCUUGACGGCCAGCUAAGCAAGCUAAACUGUGAAAUAACGGAUGUCUUGAAGGGCAAUACAGUGAUGUGGGUCGGGGAAGUGUAGACGUUGCCUGUAGCUUGUAAUUUAAGGGAAACCAAUGCACUUAGUAUGCUCUUUACUGUACAACCCUUUCUUUUCUGUCUGCAUACUAUUUACAUUUCUAAUCUGUUUAGCUGGAAUAAACCAAAAGUCUUAACCCUGGGCGCAGUGCCCUCAUGUGGAAACAAUAAAGUGAGAAAUAGAUUCUUUGAUUUGAUUUAACGAUUGAUCUUAUGUUCUUUUUAUUGAUGAAAAAUCUGGAAGCGUUUUUUUUUUUUUUCAUUACUAGACCCCAAAGUGUGAGACAAGACAAGGAAAUUCUGUAAAGGCUCAUAGUUUAACCACGGAAAACACCAAGUGAAAUCGUUUAUCUUUAGCUGCAGGGAGUUUUGUGCCACCAUGAUAAAAAUUCAUUUGAUUUGUACCGUGUAUAUGCAAUUGAUUUUUUUUUUUCCUUUUUUCUUUUGGCUUAAAACAAGGAGGGGGAAAAGAAAAAGGUCUUGACCGACUUUUAAUCUGGAGAAUUUUUAACAUGAGAGUUGUGUCCAGUGUUUAAUCUUGUUUUUGUGCCUUGAAGGAAUACACUGGCAAGAAGUGGAACAAAAUCAUAUAAUUAUUCCCAUUGUGGCUGCAGAUUGCUUGACACAAGAGAAAGAAUGUUUCAGAUCUCCAUUCUGUGCUAUCUGUCAGGGUUUCGAGACGAUAUAAACGGUUACAAAUAAAGGCUGGAAUGACAAGUCCCUCAGAGAAUUCAAUGGCUAACCUAAUAAAUUGCUAAUAUUUUUUGUUUUUUGGCCGCUAUAUUUGCAGAUAGCAUAAGAUGCCUGUCGACUUUUUAAACUGAGGAUAUCCUGUGCACUGAUUUAAAUUAGUUCUAAUUUACAGAUUAAAUCAUGGAGCAGAAAAUUGUUUCAUUAUCGGUUAACAGUUCCUUUACUGAUAUUUUAGUUUAAUCACACAAUGUCGUGUUUUCCAUUUACUGUAUUUGCAGCCUUUAAGACACCUCACAAUUCAUUUCCACCAAAACAAAAAUUAUUUUUUAUUUUUUCGAUUUCAGUGUUUUCUUUGAAAUAUCAACAACUUAAUCCUUGCUGACUUUUUUGGAAAUGUCACUAGCACAUUAUAUUAUAUAUUUCUUUAGAGUUGCCCUUCCUUCCUCCCUCCCUCUCUCGAUUUGCUGAGUGUAGUCUAUGCAUUUUAUUUCUUGAUGCCUGUUUGAUUCCAGGUAUUCUUAGGGUGAUUUAUUUCAAUAUUGCUUCAUUUGUUUAGGGUCUCAAAUUCAAGCAAACAAAUGAUUGCCGAAUUUUAAAAAAUAUAUAUAUAUUUUGUAUUUUAAUUCGUAACAUAACAAUUUUCUGAGAGAGGGUGAAAAUGCUCACGGCAAUCUGAAAUGGACUUUUUUAUAUUUCCUUUUACAUAGAACGGUUUUCCUCACUGCCUCACGGCUUUCUACUAUCAUGUCUCUGUGAUCUAUAAUUUUCUAGUCGCCUCUUGUAAAUAGCAGCUACAUGAGCUGUGUGAUAAAUCACCUGUUAGUGUGCAGCAAUGUGUUUGAGAGUUAGCUCCGAAGGGAAAACAUCUUUAUAAUUUGUAGGACCCAAACAAAUCCCCCUUUUAUAUACAAAUACAAUGAAAACCCCCUUUGUUUUCAUAAGUGAUCAAGUACAAUGUGUUGUCUAUUAAGAAACCUUUACGUCUGUCUUCUACAUUUUAGUCAUGCGUUAACUCAUAUGAAUGUGUUCUCUAUGUAGAAAUUGCUUGACAUUGACAAAAAAAAAAUAAAUAAAUCCAGUACAUUUUAAA